CCUGGAUGUUGUGUUCUGCAGUAAGAACCAUCGUGCACAGUGCACACAGAGAAGUCCAGCCUGACGGUCACGGCAAAGUUACGUGAUUAAGAAAUGUCUAGAGCUCAUAAUGUCAGUGCUGUGGCUCAGACUGGAAGUCAUAUUACUGCACCUGUACUCACUUCUAAUACAAUAGCAGGCAAUGUUUACAUAACACAUAAUGCUUCUGGUACUUCUCACCAAGACUUUGUGGAAACACAACCAUCAGCAAACCCCGUGAUUUGCAAGUAUAAAAAGGAUAUUUGCAGUGAGUACCAGUGUUUUAAAGAGUAUAACUCCCUGGCUGGAGAAAAUGUGCUGCUGUGUCAGCGCUACACUGAACCUCUGAUCAUUCAAAAACAUAGAGAUCAAAAAGAAAGAGAAGAGGAGAUCUCCUCAAAAGGAGAAAGUUUUCAGCAGGUCCUCAGCUCCAGGAGCAGUCAUGAAUCUGUCCUGAACUCUCUGUUUCACGCAGAUGAUCGUGGGAUCACUCCUAGAGCUGUCAUACUGCAGGGAAACUCUGGGAAUGGAAAAUCUUUUGUUGUGCAGAAGAUCAUGAUGGACUGGGCAUCUGGUAACCUCUACAAAGAUCAAUUUGAUGUUGUGUUUCACUUGAAGUGUAAAGAAAUUAACUGCAUUCCUGGUAAAAAGAGUUUGUUGAAGCUCUUGAGCAGGAGUUGUGGUUUAACUUCAGAUGAGAUCUCACAGAUGCUCCAGUGGUCACCAGAGAGAGUGCUCUUCAUUAUUGAUGGGUUUGAUGAACUCAGACUCCCACAGGACGAUAAUAACGUGACAUCACCCACAGAUCUAGACAAGAGAUGCACACCUGUGCUCACCCUUUGUAAACUGCUGAAAGGACAUCUCCAGGCAAAAUCCUUCCUCUUGGUCACCAGUAGAUCAACAGCUACAGACACUUUAAGCAAACGGCUCAAGAAUCCUCAGCGUUUCACUGAGAUUAUGGGCUUCUCUGAAAGGGGGGUUGAGGAGUAUUUCCAGAAGUUCUUUCAGGAUGAGGGACUCUUUGAAAACGCUUAUACGUUUGUGAAGUCGAAUGAAACCCUGUUGACUGCCUGCUCCAUUCCUGUUAUCUGCUGGAUCAUCUGCACAACUCUCAAGGAAAGAUUUAAACCAGGUGUCGAGGUAAUAAGUGGUUUAGAAACAACCACAUCCAUAUAUGUUGACUUCGUGUUCACUCUACUGGACCAUCACAGUCAGGGUUUGAAUCAAUUAGAUCUGCUGAGGAGUCUGGGCCAACUGGCAGAGAGAGGGAUGCAUAAAGAACGAGUCCUGUUUGAUAAAAAAACUUUUGAUGAAAUAAUGAAAGAUCAGGAUGGGUCUCCAUUUUUAUGCAAGUACCUCUUCAAAAGAAGAAUCCAGCAGGAGACAAUGUUCAGCUUCAUGCAUCUCAGCUUUCAGGAGUUUUUUAUUGCUCUGUACUGUGUCUGUCUGGAUACAGAUCGGGACAUGAGGAAACUCAAUGAAGCUUUACCUUUUAGAGAUGUGGGGAAAUUUGCUUUUGGUCUAUUAAAUAAGGAGUUGCAGUGCACACUUGAGAAACACGGUCUCAUUGUUUCUAAAGACACAGAAGCCCAUUUAAAAAAACAUUUAGAGGAGAUUAAAGGUUUAAACGGUUCUCCUCAAUAUUUUCUUAACUGUCUCUAUGAAGUCCAUGAAAAGAGCUUUGUGCAAGAAGCUAUGACAUCCUGGAAUAAGAUUUUUGUAUAUGGUGGUUUCUUUAGCCGAACAGACUGUUGGGCCCUGCAGUAUUGUGGUCAGUUCUGCCAAAGUUUUGAAGAAAUAAAAAUCACGUAUUGCAACUUAACACCUGAAAAGUUGUCUAUGAUUCUGCCUGUACUUCACAAGUGUAAGAGAAUAGUGUUGGAUCUAUUAGAACCAACAGACUCUGUUCUUGCUGAUCUGAUGUGCUCUAUUACAGGAGGACAGGGCCAAUGUGUUAAUGCUGCUCUUCGUAUGGAUUUUCCAUCUGUUGGUUCAAUUUCUCUGUUAGUCAGUAAUGAAGAAUCCAGAAGAAGCAUUACCUUUCUGUAUCAUAUCAGAUCUAAAGUACAUUCACUCUGUCUCACUCUGCCACGUUCUGAGCCUAUCGACUGGGCAAAGUUUGUUCAAGUACUCACUAAUGGGGACUUGGAUGACCUGAUGUCUGCCAUCCAAUCUCAGUCUGAAAUAAAAAAGGUGGAACUGAAAGUAGACUGUCUGAAUGAAAGCUUGUCUCUUUGGACUCUCUGCACCAGCCAGAAAUGCCCCAGUCUAACAGAAAUCAAGAUAGAAGCUAGUUUUUUACUGGAGGAGGGAAUCAAGAUCUUGCAAAAGCCACACACAAGGUCAAACUGCACACUAACAUUUGAAGGGUUGAGAUGUACCAAGCAAUCUGAAAAAUGUGCACUUAGAGAGCAUAAACUGAGCUGCAACCAGAUGUUUAGGAUUUGUGUGACUUGCCAGGGCUCUGAUGAAGUGACUUAUGAAGAGAGCUGGCAGAGAGGUGCUGAGUCUGGACAACCACCAUUACAAUAACACUCGUCCUCUGUGGCAGUGGAGAGACAACACCAUACAGAGGGACAAUCUGACCCCUUGAGGGAGGGGGAUGGGCAACUUCAACAUGGUCUAGCAGAGCCUCUAGAACUGCAGUCAGAGCUGAUUCCUUUUGAUUCCUUUUGAAUUAGAGGGGGAGUAGUGUAGAGUGCCGUCACUCUGUGUUCACAUGAUUAUUCUGAUUGCAUGCACCUGUGGACACACCGGAAAGACGAAGGUUUUAAAGGAGGCAGAAAGGAGAGCGGACGUGUCGAGGUGGUGAUUUUCUUGUGGGGUAAGUUUGUUGUCUCUCGGGGGUAAUAGGUCCUCCGGAGGUGAAGAUAGUUAGUUAGUUAGUUAGUUUUGAAAAUAUGAGAGAGUGGAGUCAGAUGGGUAAUUGAUUCUUAGCAUCACCAUUGCCUCGAAAGAGUGUGGGCUGACAUUUGUGCACUACCUUAUGUAAUCGCUUUGGAGGGUGGACUAUCCGCCCGCCCGUGUGAUUCGUUAUGGAGAUCUUGUGGUGACGGAUGGCUGAACUUUUACGAAUGGACUUUAGACGUCGCCUCUAUCUAUGCAUGCCCAUUCAAAUUGCAUUGGCUGCUGCCCGUGUUCUUCACCCCUUAUGGAUGGGUCUAGGUGGCCCGAGGAGAGGAAAGUGAGUUUAAUUUAUGUACUUAUGUAUUGAUAAGUUGUUAGCUGUAGGUCUGGCGGUUUGCGUGGGAGGGGAGUUGGGAUAUUGGACGCAGUUACACCCUUUAAGUGUGUUCACUGUGUGCGGUGCAGUUUGGCGUGCCAUUUGCGUAAAACAAAUGUGUGAUGUGUUAAAACUAGUGAUGGUCAACCCGGAUCUUUUUAAGGAUUCGGGUUAUUCUGAGUCACUCACUAAUAUGAUCCGGGUUGUGCGAGUCACUCGAGUCACUUGAGUCACUUCCAAUUCAAAUCGCUAAAUCAUACUAAUGCCAACCAAGCAACUCAGAUCACGCAUGCAGCUACGAGUCUACGACUCCUCUGCUCGCAAAAAACGGCUGGGGAACUCGUAAAAAACAUGCAUGUCCGUGGUAACAUUAUCAAUAACAGAAUUGUAAAAGUUCGGUGUGUUUAGUUUCAUUUCAUAAUGACAAAUAUAUCAACACCACGUUUAGAAGAUGUCAGGCUUUGUUGACUUGGAUGUGAGAGGAACGUGUCCUGUUUCAGAUUGACUUAAAAGAUCCACGAUAGGUUUCGGUUAAUGCAGCCACACAGUCACUCAUCCACGCAAGAACAUGAUCUUGUGAUUGAGUCCCAGACAGAGACGCCCGCUCCUGCACGGGUCCUGUGAGUGAACCACUCGCAUCACUCUGAGUGACUCAGUCAACAAGAGGAGCUGUGUAUGUCCGUCGGUGGCGGAUCUUUCCAGCAGCACUGCUGCAGCAGUCCUCGGAUUUAAAAUGUUUAAACAUUUGCAGCUUCUACCCAAAACAUUGUGCCAGUCAAAUAUUGCAACAGAUUAGCCUACAUGAGUCAGUGGGUUAAUAACACGAGCAAGGCUCAUUUUUCCUAGUUCAGGAUUCAAGCUCUAUGAGUUGAGUCACUCUCUGUGUGAAUCCCCGAGCCGCCGACCAACUCAUUGUCGCGCGCACGCAUCCCUUUGUACUCGGACUCGGAGCUGCAGGAAAUUACGAUCCGGAAUAGCAGCUUUUUGCUCACUCGGUACCCCCAGUUGACAUUGGAGAUGUAAAUUAACUUGUUGUUGCAAGUUAUAGAACCUAUGGCAGCUUAUGUAGAGUUAUUUGUUGUAAUUCUGUUGUAAACAUUUGAAGAGCUUUGUGUUUUAUACAAUUUCUCAUUCUUAAUGCAAAAUCUGAGAGGACUCAACUGACUCGGGUUAAUGGUCACUAGGACUCAUGGUUCUCGAGUCAUUUUAGGGAUCGGGUUAAAUGAUCCGAGUUUCGAGUGACUCGCUCAUCACUAGUUAAAACUAAAACUCACUGUGUGCAGAUAUUUGUGUGUGUGAUAUUUCGUUAUCACACGAUGACUGACAUUUUGUCACAUUAAACAUCUAUAAGCUUUGCAACCAAAUUAAGCUUUAGCUUACCUGAAACUAGGGAACUGUUGUUGACUUCAAGAUCUUUAAAAUAAUAAUUAUUACACUUGGUAUUUCAUGUUUUUGUGUAGUCAUUUUAUUGUAAUUUUAGAUUUCAGCAUUUGCUUAUUUACAGGGAACCAUUUUCUUUUUUGACCACGGAGGGCUGGUGGUCUAUGAAAUUCCCUGGUAGAUUUUGUGGUCCCACUCCGCCCCUGUGCCCUUGUCUACAUUUUAAAUAUUUACGUUGUGAAAUAAAGAGACUUACUUUGAUGCUUUCUGUUUGCUGUGUAUGAACUGGGUUUAUUACACAAUUUUAAUCACUAUAGUAUUUUGUGAUUUGAUUUGUACAUAUUUGCCUGUUCAGCACAAAGUUCAUGUGUUUUAUCGCCUCAGCUGUAUGUCACUGUAAAAAAUUAUUAUUUAAUCUGCUUCAUGUUUUGUUAAAUAUGUAAAGUGAUGCACGAUCUCUGUUCAUCUGUUCUCUUCACAAAUAAACACAUUUGAACUUGAA